GGGGAGUGAAAUGAACUGAGGCCAAGAGGAGCGUUUCUUUCAGCGCUCGGGAGGUGGGGAGUUGAGAUCGGUUCCGAGAGGCGCCUUGUCUGCGUCGGCCGAGCAAACUCCGAAGAGCAGAAGAGAAGCAAGGAACAGGAUGGCCACGGAGGAGAAGCAUCCAUGUGUUGACCUGAACACUAAGUAUCCUGAUGUGGUUGUAAAAGUUGGAAAAGUAAUUUUUGGUGAGACAUACAGGAAGGAAAAGAACAAACAACACAUCAAGAAGAAACAAAAAGAGAAUAUCUCCCAAGCAGCGUGUGCAUUGUUGAACUCAGGAGGAGGUUUGAUAGAGGCAGAGAUUGAAAAUGAGGGCUACAAUGAAGGAGAUGGGCUUGGGAAGGAUAUAGAAGAUUCCUUUACAGAACUUAUUCCAUCUCAGAUGUUUGCAGACUACUUUGAAAGCAUUAAGCAAAACAGCAAACUUUUAAUCUUUGUUAAAUCAUGGAGAAUUGAAGUUUCAUCUUCAUCAGAUAUUUCAUCUUCAUCUCGUAUUUGCAGCCAGAAAACAGGCUUGUACCAGAGAUGUGGCACUUCUGUUAAACUCAUGAAUUCCAGUGUUGCUGCACAAUUUUUCAAAAGGAAGAAAGAGUGUUCCAGGAGAAGAUCUGAUGAGACACAGCAAGGAGCUGAGAGAGCCGUUCUGAAUGGUUUUGAGGAAGAACAUGACUCAAUUGAAAAUAUUUUUAAUGUACAGCACCUCACCCAUGGUGAGAAGCUGAACUUCUCUGAGUCGACACGUGUUGACUAUAAAGAGUUUGCUUCAGCAGACAACCUGAACAUCAUCCAGAAAGACAUUGAAGACAAAUUACCAAAGUACAUCUCUGCUUUUGCAAACACACAGGGGGGAUAUUUAUUUUUUGGAGUGGAUGAUGAGAGGAAAGUUGUUGGUUGUAGAAAAGAGAAUGUAACAGCCAAUCAAUUACUCAGGAUAGUAAAGAGUGGCAGGCAGAAGGUGCGGCACGUCUUCCAUUUCUGCAGUUCUCGGCCAGAACUGAUUGUUGUCCCUAAAAUCCUGAAUGUACGGGAUAAUCAGGGAAACUUGUAUGGCUAUGUAUGUGCUGUGAAAAUUAAGCCAUUUUGUUGCGCUGUGUUUUUGCAUAAUCCCGACUCAUGGAUCGUGAAGGAUGACCGAUUUGAAAGAUUGAUGGCCAAGGACUGGAUGGACCUGAUGACAACACCUGACCCAGAGAUUUCAAAUUUAGCUGAAGUUCUGAAGACUGUGCUCAGUCUGUCAGGUGCAUCCCCACUCUCCAAACCCGUGUUUUCCAACAAAGGCCUCACGUGUCUGUCUGAUCUGCGAAAAGCUCUAUUUCCAGUGUAUUCUAAUAAAAUAAUAUACAUACCAGAAAACCUCACCGAAGGGCUGUUUUCAGAGUAUCCAGGGCUGGAGAAUUUAAUGAACGAGCAAAUGGAAGAGCUGCAGGCAUCUCAGGGACUACUGAUAUUUUCAAGGAGCUGGGCUGUAGAUAUCGGAUUGCAAGAGAAUCAGCAAGUUGUCUGUGAUGCUCUCUUAAUAGCUGCAGGCAAACACCCAAUGCUGUACACUGUGACUCAGAAGGACUGUUCUGCGAAUAUGUUUGAAAAUGCAAGACAAACUGCUCGUGCAUUGAAACAGAAACUGGUAAAUGUUGGGGGAUACACUCAGAGAGUGUGUGUGAUUCCCCAUCUCCUACAGCUUGGAACCAAUGAAGAAGGAAAUACAGAAUUAGGUUUGCAAGUUAAGUACCCUGCUAGCUACACUGUAUCCCAGAAGGACAUAAGAAAAUUACUGGACUCACUUGUGAUAAUCUUACUGGGUUUUAGGUCUUUUUUAAGUGACAGACUUGGGUGUGAGUUUUUCAAUCUCCUCACUAUUAAACAAUAUGAGAUACUUUCAAAAGAUCUCCACAAAUGCAGGAAGCUGUUUAUCUAUGGCCUGCCAGGAACAGGGAAAACAAUAGUGGCCCUGAAGAUCAUCGAGAAGAUAAGGCACAUGUUUCGCUGCCAGUCUGAUGAGAUUCUCUACAUUUGUGAGAACGCGCCACUGAAAACGUUUGUGAGCGAAAAAGGAAUUUGCCAGUCUGUGACAAGAGUAACUUUCAUGAAGAACAACUUUGAAAAGGUGAAACACAUAGUAGUUGAUGAAGCACAGAAUUUCCGGGAAGAGGAUGGCUGUUGGUAUAGGAAGGCUGAAUGUAUCACCCAAAGUCAUAAUGAGCCUGGUGUUUUCUGGAUCUUCUUGGACUAUUUACAGACAAGUCACCCUUUCGUAUCUGGUCUUCCACCUGCACGUCAGCAUGACCCAGUGGAAUCACUAACCCAAGUGGUCCGUAAUUCCACGGACAUAUACGACAUCAUAAAAAAACAAAUGGAAAAGAUUGUACAAGAUAAAAAAUUAGGAGAUGUUCCUUAUGAGCGUUUAAAAAACUUGUUAAGUGAAGCCACAUGUGGUCACGAUGUAUCAGGUGAUUAUACCAUAAAAAGAAACUUAAAUAUGAACGAAAUAGCAAAUUAUGUGGCUAGACAAUGUUUUAGCUAUUUACAAAAGGGCUACUCAGAGAAAGAGAUUGCUAUUCUGUUCAGCACAAACGAUGAUAAAAAAAAAUAUGAACACGAAUUAAAAAUAGGAAUGAGGAAAUAUAGGCUGAAUUCAGUUUUCCAAGAAGCAGAUGAAAUACAGGGAAAGCGUAUUAUUCUUGACAGCAUCCGUCGCUUUUCUGGCCUAGAAAGGAGCAUUGUGUUUGGUGUCAAUCCAGUCUCUACCCAGGACAAGAUUUCUGACAACCUUUUACUCUGUGUGGCAUCCAGAGCUAAUUUACACCUCCAUUUGCUGUUUGAAAAGAUCCCCAGUGGUUACUCAGGAGUUGUUUAAUAACCCAUCUAGGGUUUGCCUAUGGUUCUAGUAGUGCAGAGAGGAUGAGCUAUAUUCAUGAUAUGGUUUUUGGCCCAUGGUUCCAAAUUUGCAAAAGGGAGACAUUUCACAGUCCCUAGCUAAUAAACUACCCGAUGCACGAUAAAACAGAAAUAAAGUGACAUGGCAUGCAAUGGGCAAUUUGAACCACUGUGGGUCCUAACUACUGUUGAGAGUUUCCAUGGACUAGUGCAGCAUCUUGUUUAGACUUUGGUUGCAUGAGAAUGAACUGACAAGUGGUAGGCAACACGUUUUUGGAGUGAGUGCGGGGACUGGAAGAGUUCCUGGGUUCUAGUCCUCACCUUACCACUUCCCCAAGGCUACACUGUGCAAGUAAGUCAUUUGAGCCCGAUUUUCAGAAGUGGCUUCUGAUUUUGGAUUCCUGGGUUGUUGUUUUUUGGGUGCCCAGGGUUAGAUACCUAGGCUCCUACAUUUAGGCUGUUAAAGAAAUAUAACUGGAUUUUUUGAAAGGUGGUUAGCACUCCAAACUCCACUGGACGUUAGUAGGAGCUACAGGUACUCAGCAGCUCUGAAAAAGAGGAUUUUUUUAUAUUUAGGAACCAAAUGUUAGAUACCUAGCUUAGAAAUGUUUGGCCCUAUGGACAUGUUUUCAGAUACGUUGAUCACCCACAGCUCCUACUGAAGUUUUAGGUGCUAAGCACUUUUGAAAAUCAGGUCUUGAGUUUCGAAAGCUGGGCAUACAAAAUGAGAGGCCAGUUUUGAAAAUGUAGAACUUAGUCUCUGCCUGGUGUUGGAGAUAAUACUUCCCUGUCUUCCACAGGGGUGUUGCGGCGUCUUUAAAGUUUGGGGACCUGUUUGAAAUUCUCCGGAGGGAGACAUUAGAACAUUACUAAGCAUUAAUAUUAUUGAGCAACUGGAGCAGACUUCAAAUUCAAAUAUUUUAUUUGAUGCUGCAGUUGGUUCCAAGAGCAGUUAGCUCCCAAGGUAGCCAGCCCAGAUGGAAUGCUACAAGGCAACCAGAGAACCCUGGAGGAGGAAAGUUUGGAGUGAUGUAACCUUGCAAGUUAUUUGGCAUAGGACAGGACUGCAUGGUCCAAGGAAACUUUGGUAGCCUCAGAAUAUUAGGGGUGAAAUACUAGCCCUCUUAAGUCAAUGGAACCAGGAGUUCACCCUAGGUUUGAACCUUGGAAUGAUGAACUUCAGAUGCUAUAUAAAACAUUUUUAGGGUAACCUAUGAGAGCAAACAAAGGUUUGGUUUGGUUACUCAAUGCAAACCAAACCACUUCUUACAUUUGGCUCAUAGUUCAACUUGAUUGGUAUUUAGGAAUAAGUAACUAGCAAAACUGAUUAAUUUGCACUUAUAUUUGAGCAAGGGAAAGCUUAUUCAGAUCUACUUACAUUCACUACUAACUACAAAAGUACAGCCCUGGGUCUUGGGUCUUUGCUGGGUUCUCUUUUCUUCAUUCUCAUUCAGAAUUUUGGUUCCCUCUUUAAUUCAACAUCUAUGUUCUGUAGCCAAUGAUUGUCUACAUCUUUUGGAAUUUGAUAACUGAGUUCUUUAGCAAAAUAUGUGGAAGGUUUUCUUUUUAAGAGAAGUGAGUAGGUGCCCAAGAUUUACAUCAGGCUAUGAUUAAACUCAAGGGAAGUCAUUGGGUUUAACUAGAGUCAGCCUUGAUUGGGAGUUUGCACCCAGUUUGACAGAUGUGUUAGGCUAGAUAUCCUUCUGAUCCUCAAGUAGCUACAGCUUUCAGUAAACUUCUUCCAUCUGCUUGGGCUGGGAAACUGUACCCCUUCCUUUGUGACCUCCUAUCUGGAUCACUGCAACUCACUGUACCUAGGGUGACCAUGUCUGCUUUUGCAAUACCUGCUACUGGUCUAGAACUAUCUAGGUGGCCGUAUGGCCCUCCUGAUCCCUGGAGUGUCUGAGCAUCUGUAUGCAACAGCAGAGUCUUCUCAGCAAUUAUGCUCCACAAAGAAUUCCAGGUCAUAUUGAAAGUCUUGGUCUUAGUUUGAUAAUACCGGUUGACUGCAGCUGCCCAGAGGAGAUCAUUCCAGUGGACAAAAAGGUGGUUUCUUAGAUAAUUUUCAAAGCCAUCCAUGGAAUAGGCUCAAACUAUCAGACUUGCUGAUAGAACUUGAGAGUGGAAGAUAGAACCCCCUUGGCAGUCAGUUCACGAUCCAGUUUUCUAUGCCCCAGCCUGAAUGGAGUUUUACUCCAGGAAUGAAUUUGGCGCAGUGACUUUAUUGCCUUUUUUUGGUUUUAAGCUAUUUUGUGCUUGUCCUUAUAGGAAUGAACUAUGAGCGCAUUGUCUGGCUAGAAUUUUUGGUUGCGUUUGAAUUGGCUGCCAGCUAACUCAAACUAAAUAACAUAAUUGUAAAUUCUAAUGCUGAACCUCCACAAUGCUCAGCUAGGAACAAAGUUUGUGUCCUGGGUCUAGAUUAGUUUUUACAAUGCAAUGUAUUAUUUCCAGGGUUUUCAGUCUGUGGGUCACAACCCCGUGAGGAGGGUGAGAAAAGGAGUUGACGAACAGGUUUCAUGGAGGUCACGAACUCACUCAUUUUUGCCUUCCUUUACCCAUUUUUCAAAAAAAAAAAAAAAUGUUUCCAGCCUUCACCCUUGUGGAGUGUAAACAGAUUCAGUGAUGCCUGCUUGAGUCUGCGGACAGCCUAAAACAACAGUUCUAAGAGGUGUGAACUGCCCAGUUCAUCUCUUACCAAUGCCCUGCGGAUUAUGCCACUCCGAGGGCAUGGAACGUGGCAUUUUUCCAACAGGACAGAGAAUUCAGCAUUUUUGCUAAUAGCACCACUUUGCUUUCCGGUUCCCUGCUGAGAACCUGCCCGCAGCUACCUCUUGCGCUCAAACUUUCCUCUUGAGGGGUAGUUAAGUGGAUUACAGUGCCUGCUCCCCAGAUUGUUCCACGCAUCCAGGCGCCAGCAUGGCCGUCACUACCAUCCUAUUCCCCCCCCCCCCCCCCC